GAGGAAGCGCCCCGCCGCGCCGGCGCCCGCCGGCAGCGGCGAAGGCAGCGCCGCGCCCACGCUGAAGCGGCGCAGGCAGGGCGCCGCCGCGGCCGCAGCUCCUGCGGAGCGCGCGGGCCCCGCGACCGCGGGCGUGGGGGCCGCGCCGGUGCGGGCCCAGGCGCUGGCAGACAUCCGCGCCGCCAUCGCCGAGCAGAACGGCGCCAUCCGGGCGUGCGUCGACGGCUGGCACUCGAAGUACAAGCCGGUGCUGGGGGGCUACAGGAGGUUCGUGGCUUCCUGCCCCGAGCUGGAGCUGACCGGCGUCGACGAGGACGACGGCAACUUCCUGGUGACGAGGGCGGGCGAGGCGCCCCCGCCGGGCUUCCUCGCCGGCAGGGGCACGCGGACCUGGCAGAAGCACGCGGCGGCCGGCUGGCGGGCGUACUGCCGGGUGACGCCCCCGGCCGAGCGGGCGCUGGAAGCGCACUUCGCCGCGCUCCUGCGGGCCGCGCCGCGGAGAAGAUGAACUCAAAGCAAUCGAGGGCCGAGGCUCGAGGCCCUCCUCGAGGCCUCGGGCGACGCGGCCUGCCUCGCGGCGCUGACGGCCGCGGCGCAGAACAGCGGCUUCCCCGCGGCCAAGGCCUGCGCGCUGCAGGCGCCGGCGCCCGCCGGCGCGGGCGAGGUGGCGGCCUCGGGCGGGGCGGCGGCGACCGAGGCCGGCAGGCGGAAGAAGACGGCGCGGGCCAGCAGAGGGCGGCGAAGCAGGCGUACCUGUCGGCGGCAGAA